GACAGAACGAAAAUGUAAACAAUUGAGAAACGCUUAAAAAAAUAUAUAUACGGUAAAUAAAUAUAGUUAAAAAUGACGGAGAAUGUAUUAACGCGUGUGAAAUAUCACAUGAAAUCGCAAUCAUUUUCUGUAAAUGAUUUCUGGUUACGUGAAUGUGUCGAAUAUUUUAUUAGCACCCAUCCACAGGCACGCGCUGAAGCUGUUCAGACCUUUGUUCAGGAACAAUUUUUGCUCACCGAUUUGCGAGAAAUAAAUAAUGAUAGUGGUUGUUUGCCACCGAAUCUCGCCCAGCAACACAAAACAACCCUAAAUGGCAAAUAUACUCUCCAGUUAUUAAAACUCUAUGAUAUAUCCGUGUCGAAGUUUAAGCAACUCGAAAAAAUCCGAAAUAUUUCAAUCGAUAACAUAGAAGCGACCAAGGAAGAAAAUACACAGAAUUGGGAACCAAAAGGCAAGAGAAUGUUGCAAUUAUUUUUAACUGAUGGGAAGCAAGACGUACUUGCGAUUGAGUUGAAACCAAUCCGAUUUUUAAACGACUCGUUAUUUCCGGGCCUAAAAUUGAUGAUAAUUGGUCCCGUUGUUUGUAGAAGGGGCGUAAUAUUAUUGGAAGAAACUAAUAUUACCCUAAAGGGCGGCGAAGUCGAAGAUUUGCUGAUACCAAAUGCCCUAGAAAAUGUUUUGGCACGAGAAUUGAAAAUGCCACUAAAUCCAGAUCCUUACGAUGAUACGAAAGCUAAAAAAAAAGAGACGCUAAACGACUUGGAGGAUGAUUUUAAUUUCGAUCUGGAAGAAAUAGAAAAGAUUGAGCGAUCUCAAGAAACGAUAGAAGCUUUGAGGCCGUCGAAUUUAAAUCAAAAUUCUCUUCAACCCCCAAUAAAUUCAAAUUCUAAUUCUAAUUUAAAUUCUAAUUCAAAUUCAAGUAAAGAGGUUCAAAAAUCCAAUGAAAUUCCGGAAAAUUUGAGUGAAUUCCCGACCGACGAUGAUUUUGCGGAUUUUGAUUUGGAGGAGGUUGUGUCUGCAAAAAAUAUCGAAAAUCAAAAUUUUAAAGCGCCGAGUGAAACGAAUUUGACGCGGAAUUUCGAGGUGGCAAAAUCGUCGACUAGUGCGAAUUUUCCGGCCUUUUCGAGUGACGAUUUCGGCGAGGAUUUCGAUUUGGCUGAUGUGGAUUUUGAGGCGGAAGAAGAGUGGGACGAGCCUAUGGAAUUGCCAAAAAUUAACAAUAAUUCAAAGCCCGUCUCGAGUUUUGGAACUGAUUCUGGAUUCAGGAAACCUAAUCUGGAAGUGACGACAGGCAGUAAACGAACUGCGGGAGACCUUUCGCCACUCUCGGUCUCAAAUUCAAAAGUUCGAUGUGCUCAAAGUACGCCAAAGAUCAGUAAAAUUAACCGAAAAAUCACCGAUUUUGUAAAAAAUUCCGGAGGACCGACGGAAAAAUUGCCAGAGAAAAUCUGCGAUUAUAUCAGCGAUUUAUUGAAAGAAGCUCUGACAGAACAGCCGAGACGAAAAACUGUGAGAGGAAAAGUCUCGCAAAUAGGAAAGCUUACGAAAAAAAAUUUACUUUGGAUCUUAGAUGGAACGAUUGUCGACGAAUCUGGUAGCAUAGAUGUGGAAUUUUCAUCCGAGUUCCUCGAAAAAAUCGUGGGCAUGAGCGUAAGCGAAUUUUCCCAGAAGAAAAAGAAAAUCAAAACUGAUCCUAGGAUGGAAGAACAAUUGAGAAAGCAAAUGUUGGAUGGACAACAGAAAUUGCAGAGCAUGGAUUCUCUGAUGGAACUGGAAUUGAAAAGGGACAAAAAGCCUGUGGUUUUGAGUUCAAGGGAAUUAACGCAGAAUGAAAAAAAUGAUUAUAUCAAAAGAUUCAGAAUGCUAAAUGCCUAGAUAAAUUCGUUUUAAUAAAACCCGAAUUUUCCUAUUCAAAGUUUACUUCCUUGACAGAUUGUAUUUUUUUCUAAUAAAUUGUAUUUAAAUUA